GGAACUUUCGGCAAUGACCGUAGCGUUACAACAGUACUACUGAUGUGCCAACUUUAAUUAAGUUUUAGCUUUUAUGCUUUAAGUUCAUACGUUUAAUCCAGGUAGAUAGAACUGUGCUGAGCAAGUGUAAUGGAAAUCAGAGCCCUUUAUUUACUGUUUGGACUGUGUCUGGCAAAAUUGUCACUUAUAACUGGUGACCUGGUAGAUGAUGACGCUCCAUGUGGGGAUAUCACUUUCGUAAAUAAGACAGGAGUGAUUACCGGAAAAGACCCAGGCAAGGGAAAGAGCUGCACAUAUUACAUUAUUGCUGGCAAUUACACACCACAGGUUGCAAUAAGGUUUGACAAGGUAAACCUGAAUCCACAAGUAUAUAACCUCACAGUAUAUGGUGUUAACACUACAGAGGGAGUUAACUCUUCCAGUCUUCAGAUUGCAAAUCUAACAGAUGUAUCCAAGGAGUUGCCAUAUGUGUUGGUUAUUUCCGGAUACAACAUUACGAAAAUUGUUUUCUCCCAUGCCGACAUUGAUGCACAGUCUGAAGGAACGAGCUUUUCAGCAUCCUAUGACACAACAAAUUGUAAAUUUGAAGAACAAAGUGUAGGUGGAGUAAUUCAGAGUCCAGUGUAUGUACCGGGGAAUGGUACUGUGAAAUGUACGUACAAAGAGACACUGUGGCAGCCUAUGUGUGUUCUCUCGUUUCUCAACUUUAACUUGUCCAAUGGUAAUGUGACUGUACAGUUUGGAUCUGGUAAUGCAACUAAUGUGACAGGACCAGUACCAGAUGAUAUGUUUGGAGCUUCAGAUGCUAAAAGCCUUACAGUAAAUGUUAUCUUCAAUAACAGCCCUGAUCCACAGAACUUUACUGCCAUUUUUCAAACAGUGGAUACGCGUUGUAGCGGAGUCUAUCCAGUGGUUGCUACCUUCAAACAGCUGAAUAUACCUGAGAGUAACCAACUUCCUGUCACAUGUUAUGCUCAGCUGAAAGUGGGUGGGGAGGGGAGAGUGUAUGUGGAAAAUGGCGUGAAUUACACCCAGACAGUUGGGUAUGAUAGUGUAGUGUACUAUGAUGGAGCAAGCCAACAAGCACCUGUCAUAGGAACCCUAAAUGAUGGACUACAGUGGUUUGUUAGCUCACAGAAAUCUUUGACAGUGGUGGCCAAUCUGGGAGUACGGUCUUCACGCAGCAGUAAACUGCAGUAUAGAUCUGACAGUUACAGCAAUUACUACACACUGACCAAUAAAUCUGCAAAUAUAGACUUGGAUGGAAAGACUAUAAACAACAGUACAGUUAAACUGCUGUUUGAAAGCAAAGAUCCAUCAAAAGGACAGGUAAAGAUAGAGCUGAAAAAUAAAACAUCUCUUACGGAUGCGGUUAUUACAGUACAGUGUGACCAAGGCAUGAGCAUGUACACUUUUACGAAGGACAGUGUAUUAUUGCCAAUUGUAGUGCCAAGUUCCAGAGCUAUGGUUGUGAUAACCAAACUGAAGGAUGGUCAGACUGUAUCUCUAAAGGCAACAGCUGUGACAGCGUCAGGUUGUAACUCAAUGUACUCUGGGACAGCUGGGCAAAUUUCAUUUUCAGGAGCCAACACCACAGAGAACACGUGCAAUCUUCUUGUUUCUACAGAUGGAGAUGUGAUCCUUGAUGUUAAACAGUUAAACUUAUGCAAGAGUGGUACACUUGACAUCUACCAGGGUUCCAGUAAGAGCGCACUCAAAGUUGCCUCUUUCAAUGCUUCUGGCACAUAUUCAACAAUUCCACAGAUGAGGUUUCCUGCUGGAUCCCCUCCAAGACUGGUGUGGACAGACAGUAACAACACAUGUACAGGAGCAACAGUCAUAGCAAGAUACUGGACCCAGGAUGUUGAUACUACAUGUGGAAAGCUGAGUGCAGCACUAUCAGGAACUGUUAAAACACCUAAUUAUCCAAACCAGUACCCGCUGAAUGUGAAAUGUAACUGGCCUCUACCUGCCACAGUCAAUGCCUCCAUGAUGUAUCUGUCAGUGAAUGCCAUGGACUUUCAACCAGGGCAAAACAUUACACUACAGGAUACUAGUAACUCCAGCAUUUUGGCAACCUUCAGUGGGAGUAUUCUACCUGGUGACCUUAUUGUACCGAACAACAACUUGUCGUUGAUCUUCCAAUCAGGCUUACAGGGACAGUCUGGACAGGGGGCACAACUCACAUACAAAGUGUUAACUUGUGGUGGACUGGUUACCAAAUAUCCUGCAAAUCUGACUGUGCCGCAAGCAAAGAACCAGUCUGUGGAAUGCAUCUGGAUCAUCCAGGUGCCUCUGAAUGGUACCAAGAAAUCUGUGAACAUUGUGUCAGCUAAUGUCACAGUGACAGGAUAUAAAAAUGCUACAAAUGGUGCACUUGAGAUACAUGAUGGUAGCUCUGUGCGUGAUCCCUCUGUCAGUGUGGACAUGACACAGAAAAAUGCGACACGUAUUUACAGUAGAACCAACUUCCUGUUUGUCAGAUACACGUACACAAACUCAGCAAGUGGUCCUUUCAGUUUCAACUUCACCUACAAUACUUUCAAUUGUAACAGCAGCAGCCAGUGUGACAAUGGUGUGUGUAUACACCCAGACUGGAGAUGUAAUGGAGUACCUGACUGUAGAGAUGGUACAGAUGAGAAAAACUGUAAUGGUUCCCAGCCAAUCCCACCAGCACCAACACCAGCACCAAGCAAGGGAGGGAAGAAAUCUGGAGUGGCAGGUGUCUGGGUGUUUGUCUGCCUGGUGAUUGGUAUAGUGGUUGGUGUCAUACUUGCCAUGUUCGUCCCACGAUGCAUCAGGAAAGUUCGCGGCAGAAGCAGGUCACCUGGCAGCAACUAUGGCUCACUGCAUGAGGACACGUAGAUUGUCGACGAUCGGUUCAGAAAGCUGUUUUUUUAUACUAAAUCAAUAAUUCCUGAAAUUAAAGUUUGAUUUUAAAAGUACAGAAGAUUUGGUAUGUAAGAAAUUGUGUUCAGGGUAGAUUUUAAUUUAGAUGAAAUAUGGAAUAAUAUGAUCUGACUUUUAAUCUUUUUGGACAAAAAGUACUGUCUAUUUUGAACAAUGUUACUUGGGGAGGGGUAUACAAUGUCUUUGUAGAAAAAACCAAUAAUUACUACACACAGAGUAUACUUGUACACUUAUGUUGUGUUUUUGUUCAAAAAGAAUACACAUAUUACUUUUGUAACAUAUUUUUUUUUGCAUUUCAUGUUCAUUUUAGGCAAUAUCUGGAUAUAGUCCCCUCUAUUUAUGGAAUGAAUAAAAAUACAUUGAUUUAGUAACCCUUUUAAAAGUUAAAAUUAAAUGUCUACAAGUUUAGGACACUCUUAGGGGUGGAGAUUGGUGAUUAUAACACACUUCAUUCUGUAGAGUGGACUAUUACCAGAAUAUGCCCCAUUUUAUUUGAUAAAACACAAUUACAAGUAAGUAUGAUCUGGUUUGAACAUUUGUACAGUUGUAUUUUUAAACAUGUAUAUGUGGUAGAAUGAAUUGUUCAUUAAUUCAGUUGAUGUGAAAUAGACUGUUUUGAACAAAAUUUUGUUACUGUAUUUGAAAUUGUUACAUUCCAGCUGGUUUCAAGUGUUCUAAGAUUUACUGAGAUCUGAUUUUAUGUUUCAUACUACCAAUAUACAAGUACCAGAGAAUCUCAUAGUUUUUGUUGUUGUGUAUGUUGUUGACUCAAUGUUGAAAAAUUAAUUUUUUAUGAGACACUUUGCUAACUAGAUUUUCUUGUGUACUAUAUAGAUAUUUUUUCUGGUAAAGUGAAGUGUUAUAGUCUUUUCUGCAACUUAACUAUACUUUCGGGCUAAUAUGCCAGACAUUUAAAUGCAAUAUUAUACACUUUGUACUUACAGUAGGUGAUUAAGUAAAUAAGGUUUUUGUACUAAUUAAGUUCUUCUUACAACUGGUUGUUGCACUAGGAAUUGCUGUAAUGGUUUCAUUUUAUACAACAUACCCGAAGUAGACUACUUUGUAAUUGCAACUGUUUUUAUAUGUUUGGAUAUUAAUAUUUUCUGCUAGUAGCUCUUGAUGUCAAAGAGAAAUGUUGCAAAGUUUCCAUUAUAUGUUAUAUAGCAAAUAUGAUACCACUUUAACCAGAAAUCAGCUUGCUACCAACUUUACAUAUUGACUGUAUAACACAGAACAAAAAGGCAAGUCCCUUCCUACGUUUGAGAUAUGUCCAAACACUAUAGAACCUUAUUUUUGGACAAAAUCUCAACCUGAUCCACAACUCUAGGAUUAGGUAGAUUCACAUUUUAUCAUUUCGCUAUAUAAAGUUUAUUGCUCCAACCAGUUAAUUUAUCAGUGGCACCAUUUUGAAAAGUCCAGUCUGCAGAACCAUAUCUUUUCAAAAAUAACAAUGCUAGAAUAUAUGAAAUUCUAAAACAGAGUAUUCAUUUGAUAUUCUUCUCAGAUGGUCAUAGUACAGUAAAGUUCCGCUUAACGACCGGUCCGAAAAUGAGACCGUUCCAUUAAUACGGGCAGUUUUUGAAAGAACCAAAUUUUUUUCUCUAUAAUUUAAUGGUCACAAGGUCGGAAAAUGCGACAGGUCGGCUGUUACAUAUUACAACCACUUUUUAAAGAACCAAACUGUCAAAUUGUGUUGUUUUAGGUCUCUUUAAUGCGACUGCUCAGCUAUUAGCAAGUGUCAACUAAUUAGCGGUUAUACACGGACUGUUAUAUUUUGCAACAUUACCUAUGAACGCUGCUUUACGACAUGCAGAAGAGACAUGUGAAAAACAAUUACAGUGACCGAGUUAUGACAAUUUGAUUGUUUAUUGAUUGUUUAUUUCAUGUACCAUUACUGAUUGUUCAUUUAGUGAAAACUACGUAACGAAACUGUUUGAUGUAUUGAUUCGGAACAUGUACAAAUUAAUAGAUAAUUGGAAUUGCAGCAAGUGGUAAUUGUAUCCGAUUUUUCGGAUGGGUAAGCAAUUAAACUAAUUAUGUUUUGAGCGAAUGUUUUACUUUAAUAGAAUAUGAAUGUUUUAAAAUCAUUGCAUUUUUGCAUCUUACAUGGUUAAGUCAAUCUUUUAAUGAAAUUUUAUUGUGAAUGAUAAAAAUGGAAAAACAUAACGUAAAGAGCUAACUUUGCAAGAAAAAGUAAAUUUGAUAGGUGAAAGUAAUGGCAAAAGUCAUCGGCAAUUGGCUGAGCAGUUUGGGAUUGGAAAAAGCUUUAUCAAUUGACUUUUAAUGCAUUAACGCAUCACUAAGUUGCUUAUGAAUUUUGGGUUGUUUCUGGCUAAAUACAGUCAUUUAGAAAUCUCAUAUUAAAUAUUUCUGCCAAAAUGCAGAAAUGGUGCCAUUGCUGUAUAGAUGCUAUAUAUAGGAUUUAAGGGCUGUACUGGGCUGUAUUGAUUCUAGGUAACCUUGCUUCAUACUGCAGUACACCAAUGAAAAAGUAUCAUCAUCAUUAGAAUAAUGAUCAACUUGGUUUUUAUGCCCCCGAAGGGAGGCAUAUUAGUUUUCAACUGUCCAUCUGUUCGUUGGUUCGUUCGUUCAUUCGUCACGUUAACUUUCUGCAUGAAGGCACUUUACACGCAAACCAUUGCACCCAGGACCUUCAAAUCACAUGCUAAUAGUACUUAUUGAGUACACGACCCCUAUUGACUUUGGGGUCACCAGAUCAAGGUCACCAGGUCACCAGAUCAAAGAUCAAGGUGCUGCGGGGGGCAUUUGUCACCUUUAGUGACAGCUUUUGUUGAAAUCUACUUUUUAAGAUGGAAGUUUCCUAGAUUUCCACAGUCCGUGAAGAACAAGGAAUAAUAAUUGCUUUAUUAUUGCUUAACUUUUGUUUUAUCAUUGCUUUAUAAUUGCUUAAUGAUAUAUUUUGUAGAUAACCUUGUUUUUUGUUGCUUUGUAUAGACAUUGAGGGUACUUGUUAAAUAUGAUUGCAAUAAGUAUGUGCCUGUAAGACACAAUAAAAGUAAGGUGGACAGUGCUCAGCUAAAUAUUGACCAGUUGCCUCAUGUUGGAUUGCUCUGCCUCCUAGAUCAUGUGGUCUGGAAAUGCAUAUUCCACAAACAAGCUUCAAAAUGAAGGAUACGAUAAUGUCGAGUGACUGUUCUUAACAUAUUGACAAAUAUACCUUUCCUUCUAAACAUCAUUGUGACAGAGAAGUUUGAUAAUGAGCCAUGUAUCAACUCUUAUUAAACUUUAUUUUCGGGAUGGAAAUAUCACAAAAGUUUGCAUUUUUCUCCCAAAGCUUCUUCUUGGUUAAGGGAAAGGAAUGAUUUGCCAAACUUGAAUAAGGUAUGCAGGUUCAGCUUCAGCCGUUUAACAGUAACAUACUAUGAAUUAAUUAGAUUUAGGAGAUAGAUGGCUACUUAUCUACUAAUCACAAUAAUCACUUUGUCAAUAAGCAGUAUGCAAGUGUGUUUUAAAAAUCAGUAUCUGUUUGGAUCUAAGAUAAGCUUGAUAGACAUGUGGCGACGGGUCAGUUAUUUCAGUUAACUUUUUGUCGUUGUCCAUAAUGAACAAAUGUGUAGUAUAUGAUUAUCCUUAAUUAGUGAUAAUAUUUUUGGCCAAGAAGUUGUAAAUGUUGCUGCCAUGUUUAAGGACUCAUUGAAAGGUACUGUUAUUGGGUGAUACUGUCUGUGAUGACAUACUGGCUAACUAGUUUGAACUGCUGUAGUCUCAAAUACCAGGCAUAGACUUCCAAAAAAUUGACAAUAGGAGUUGGUGGCUAUAUAGAGUGACAUAAGUGUACAGUUGCCUUGUAGGACCAGUUAACAUUUUGUACAGUUUAAACCCACCUUAAUACACAGUUAAAUAUUGUACAAGAUAAUAACAGUGGUAUAUCUGGACUUACUAUUACAGUGCUAAUUUUUGCUACUAUUGUUGUAUAUGAUCAUGUAUUAAUGCUGUUUCUUUGUAUUCAUUUUUUUUAUAGAAAAGAAAAAAAUGGCCUCUGAUUUCGAGAUCUGAUUCAAUCAUGGCAGUUUUUUUUUUUAAACUUUUAUCUUUUUUUUUUCCUUUUAUUAUAAGUUCAUUUCUGCAUAAAUUGGAGAUAUUUACAGUUUACUUACAAUCUUUGUACAAUUUUAUAGAGAUAAAUUCUUGUGCCUUAAAAUACGUGAUUUAUUAAAUAUUGCAGAAACACUAUAUUUAUACAUUUCAGUUUGUGACUAAUAUUUUUAAGUGACCAUGUACCUGAUUUACAUAUUUGCAGUUUAUAGUAAAUUGCAUGCAGUAGUAGUAGAAAUCUAGUGUCACUUGCAAUCGUUUAACUCCCUGAGGCCGAUAGUGUAACAUACCUGCUGCGGCGAGAUAAAAAUUACCACCUGGCGUCGAAGACAUUAUCUGAUCUUAUCAUAAUCACACUCGCAUGCGGUCAAUUGAAAUAAUGCAGGGAAACAUUAUUAACUUUUGUGUAAGUUAAAAUAAACUAACAAAACCUUCGAAGUUUAAACAAAUAUUUUUAUAUCAUAUUUCGCCCGUGGCUUAUAUCCAAAUUGAACAAUAAUUUCACUUCGAAAUAUUCACAAUUUAAGCACGUAAACACAUUAUAUUCCAAUUGAUAGAUACGUUAUUUACACAGAAUAUUUAAAUCAGUAUUACUUGAAAUUUACACCUAUUUUUGUGUGAAUAUCGAUGGUUUAUUUUGAUGUAUAAUCUAUUUCUAAAUAUGUACAUAAAUAUUGUGUGAAACGCGCUUAGACAGUUAAAUUGCAACAUUUACAUCCAUGGUUGAAUAAUCAUUAAAUUUACAAACAUGCAUUUAUUUACAUACAUUUUUGUUGUGUUUUAUGAAACAUGUUUUGGUGUGUUAUUUGUAUCCAUUUGUAUCGUAUGCGAUAUAAAUGUAAGAAUAUUUCAGCCUUCUAAAUCUUAGUAUUUCCCGACCAUUCAUUUCUCUGAUACUGGAAUUUCAUCAUCGGUCUCAUCACCCGACGGAGCUGAUAUGUCAGAAUCAGCAUGAUAAUGAAUAUUUUCUUCAUUUUAAGAAAGAUCUGUGGCCAACGACAUUAUUUUACUCUUUUGAAAAAAUGUAUGAACAGUAUGAAAGAAAAAAAUCACAGCGGAGUUCGUCUUUUUAUUUCCUUUACAUGACCUCAUAAUUAUAAACAUUUAUUUUAACAAGGGAACUGAUUAGUAGCACACUUAGUAAUUAUAACAUCUGAGAAAUAAUAACCAGAAUGCAAUAUAAUUUUGCUUUUAUCAGAUUUAUCAAAAAUUAACAAGUAUGUGACGCAGUUAGCAUGAUGUCGGUACCGCGACUAUAGUCGUCAAUCGCCGUCCUAGGGAGUUCUGAUAACGCGCUUAUAGUCGCAUAUCGACGCUACAGGGGUAGAAAAUAUAGCGCCUAUAGUCGCAUUUCGGCCUCAGGGAGUUAAAGACAGUUAAGUUCACUUUAUGAUUUAUUUUAUAGACUUACAAAGUUAUGUACAAUGUAUGUACGGUGUGUAAGACUUUUUUUUGCAAUAUUUCCAUUAUAUAUUGUCAUUUAUUUUGGUGCACUUUUAUUGUAAAGGAAUACUCGGCUCUAAGCUUUUCUCUGAUGUUUGUUUUUGUUGUCAGGCCAUGAGGUUUAUUGUCAAGCCAGAUGUGUGAAAGUAGGUUGUAUAUAAUUAUUCAGUAUGUGGGGCCGUGAGGAUUGUUGUCGAGCCAGAUGUGUGAAAAUAGGUUGUAUAUAAUUAUUCGUUAUGUAACUGAUGUAUUGUGCUUGCUUAUUUGUUUUACAUUCCAUCAACAGUGAUUGUAUCACAAUAUACCAGACUCUGUGAUUUUACGGAAUGUUUAGAAGGGUUGUAAGUUUGCCGUAGAAGUGACAUGGCAUGCUUGUUCUGUGUUUGCUCCACAGUAACCCAGGUAAGUUUUUCCUUUUUACAACAACCUCAUCAGGAUAACAAACUUUGACUUGCAAGUUGGGGUGGUAGUUCUACAAGGGGGACAACCCAUGCCUGAAAUGUUGCAUGAAGGGGCACCUAGGGUCUUUCUCCACAAGCAAAAGUUGGAAAAGUACAUACGACUCAAAACCCAACAUAACAAAUACAGAUUGCUCAUGUAUCAGUGUAUAUUCCACCAUGUGAACGCAUUCCAAAUAAACCCAACUUCUAGCCUUAUAAAAAUACCCAACUUUACAGUAUGUCUUAAUUAAACUUCCUAUAAACAGUUAUGCCCUGCAGAACAGUCAAAUUUCAUAAACACUGGUUACUGUGGUGUGAUACACAUUUCAUUUAUUUUAAGAUAGUGCUUUGUGCUUGUAAGGUAUUUAAUUCCUCCCAACAUCAUACUAUUUUCUAGAGAGAGAGAGAGUACAAGCAAGAGUAGAGACAGGAGAAAAAGCAGUAAAAUACUGCAUAAUAUAUAAACAAUCUAGUUUGACAGCUUUUUAAAAGGACACACAAAGCAAUGCUGUUGUUGUUUUUGAGACUGAUUAAACUGGGGAAGAAACAUCAUGUAUCAGCUGUUUUUGUAAAAAGAGGACAAAUGUUCAGGUAAAUAAGAAAUUAUAAGACACUGUAAUUUGAAAAUGAUAUCAGUUAAGAACAAAUAAAAGCACUGUUGGUGUAAAAUAUAGGUAGUGGACCUGUAAUGACAGUGGGCAGAUUACCUAUUUCUCUGCGAUUCUGGUAUUCUUCUGUUUCUACGGCAAGCCAUACAUGUGUUCAACUACAUUUCCGUCCGAAGAAUGCUGAACUGCUUAAGGAGAAUAUGAAAUCACACAGAAUUUUGUUGAGUGUCAUUACAGGUCCACUACCUUAAUUACAGUAUUCACUAAACUGUUUAAUAGUGACUUUUUUUUAGAGAUUACUUGAUAUUCAGUGUCACAGGUAACCAUCGCUGGAGAGUACUGUAAAAAUUAUAAUUGACAGUUUUGCUUUUGUGACAUCGGAAACCUUGGCUCAGUGUCAGUUAUCAGAAUAACAUAGAAUAAAGUCAGGGUUCAUUUACAGAAAAAAAAGAUCUUAACUUGCAGAGAUAUGUGAAGCGAUUUAAGGAAAAUUUCACCAACUGCCUUGUAAUGCCUAUUCCCGAAGAAUUACUUUGACUUGAAGUGGAACCUGCAUGUGCUUUGAUCUGAUUGGAUUUGAUUAUUAUAGGUUAUGCAUUUUAGUGCUUUUUUAGUUUUUUGUUUAGAAUAUUCAGAGAAUAAUACUUGCUUGAUUUCACAAAUAAAUAACAAAAAAAUAA